UCCCUGUGAGACUGAAUAGUGUAGCAGAGGUUGACAAGUUCCUGUCUGAUGCUCACAUGGUUGAUGUUGGAGUUGAAUCUGCAGUGGUUCUCUCAUAUCCUCAGCUCUAUUCAGCUGACAGGGAAUCAUUCAACUUUCUUGAUGAUCUCUAUGGAAAAGUGCCUGUGGCAAUUUGCUGCAACUCCAGUGCCAGGCAUGAGGAAUUCUAUGCAAAAUAUGGGAGGUCACUUGGCCUGAUGCAUUCCAGGAAGGAACCAUGGGCAGUCAUUGCCCACUCUGCAGACACAUACAUGGACCACAUGGAAAAGGCCUCUGUUUUACCACCAAAGAAUGCUGCUGCUAGCUUCUUACAAGACCAAACUUUGCCAAUAUUUGGGGAACUUAAUGCUGAAACUCUCCCAAGAUACUACAAAAGCCAGGCUGACCUUGUGAUGCUAUUUGGGACAGAACCACAGAGAAGAGUGUCUGGAAGAACCCUGGCAGACAUGGCUUUGAGAUCAAAGGACAGAAGUGUUAAAUAUAUUUGGGUAAACAGGCAAGUA